AUGUACUUCUUCCUCAGUAAUCUGUCCUUUAUAGACCUCUGCUAUGUCACCUCCACAGUCCCUAAACUGCUCUUCAGUUUCUUCCGAGAAAAGCAAACCAUCAGCGUUGUGGGCUGUGCAGUUCAAUAUUUCUUCUUUUCAAUGUUGGCGACAAGUGAAUCUUGCCUCAUGACAGCCAUGGCCUAUGACAGGUAUGCUGCCAUUUGUAACCCACUGCUCUAUGCAUCCAUCAUGUCACCCACCCUCUGUGUUUGGAUGGUGAUGGGAAGCUAUUCAGCAGGUCUCAUGGGUUCUUUAUGUCAGAUUUGUGCCUUGCUGCAGCUCCACUUCUGUGGACCUAAUGUCAUCAGGCACUUCUUCUGUGAUGUAUCCCAUCUUGUACAUCUAUCCUGCACACACACUUUCUUUGUGGAUGUCUUACUCAUAAUAUUAACAACAAUCUUUGGGAUUAUGAAUGCCUUAGUUAUCAUGAUAUCGUAUUCACAUCAUUGUGCUUCUCACCUGACAGCUGUUUCUCUCUUCUAUGGUUCUGGUGUCUUUGCCUAUCUGAGUUCCAGCUCUGGGGUUUCCUCCAGCUUUGACAGAUUCGUUUCCAUAAUCUAUACUGCAGUGAUUCCCAUGUUGAACCCCUUGAUUUACAGUCUGAGGAACAAGGAAAUCAAAGAUGCCAUGAAGAGGUUUCAGAAGAAGAAAGGCAAUGGCUAA